AUGAGGCCUCUAGACGAAAUAAUCCAACGCUGGCAUGAAACACAAGCACAAAGCAACAGCAUCUCUGAGCUUCAAACCGCUGUCAAAUAUAACGGCCAAGGGAGUCCCUGUAUUAUAGGGCUCCGCUCAUUAUGCUGGAAGACAUUUCUGCUCUCCAAAAGUAACAAGGCCGAGGAAGACUGGUUUCAGACCUUACGUGAUGGCCGAGAAGAUUAUGCUCGUCGCCGAGAGUCGUUAUUGAAAUAUGUGAAGCACCCAGAAGCCCUCGCUGAGCUAUCGGUCGACCCAUUGGCAGAUGUCCCCAGCUCCCCUUGGGAAACCGCGCGGCAAGAUGAUGCAAUUCGCGCUGAAAUCCAGCAAGAUGUGAAGAGACUUCCCGAUGAGGCAAACUAUCACGAGGAACGAAUCCAAACGUUGAUACUGGACGUCCUUUUCAUGUAUUGCAAACUGUACCCCGAGAGAGGCGGAUACCGUCAAGGCAUGCACGAACUACUGGCGCCGAUUGUCCACGUCCUUGAGAGUGAUGCCAUUGACGCAUCCGCCGCCGCCAACAAAUCAUCCAUCGACACGCUUCUCCUGGAGCUGGUCGACAUCUCAUUCAUCGAACAUGAUGCAUUUCUUAUGUUUUUGACGUUGAUGGAGCAUGCUCAAUCGUUCUAUGCACUAGAGCCUACGGUUGGAAAGGCAGAGUCGGCAUCACAGAACCGGUCACAAUCGUCGACCAUUGUGGAACGAAGCCAGUUCAUACAUCAAGUCUGUUUGCAAAAAGUAGACCCGGAGCUUGCGUCCCACUUAACAAGCAUAGAAAUUCUGCCACAAAUAUUCCUCAUCCGAUGGGUGCGUCUUUUAUUUAGCAGAGAGUUCCCAUUCGAACAAUUCCUCGUUCUAUGGGACACUAUAUUUGCUGUAGAUCCGACACUGCAGUUGAUAGACUUAAUAUGUGUUGCGAUGCUGGUCCGAAUUCGCUGGCAAUUGUUGGAGGCCGACUACUCUGUAUGCUUACAACUUUUACUGAAAUACCCGCCUCCUGACCCAGUCCACGGACCUCACACCUUUGUUGACGAUGCUGAGUACCUGCGUACACACCUGGAUAUUUCUGGAGGUGCUACCCUCAUUGUGAGAUACACAGGUAAAAUGCCCAUAGGACCUAAAUCACCAGAUGCAUCUCGGCCGUCGACACCUAGUUUCCGCACUUUCAAUGCCUUCCGCCAGCGAGCGCUCGGUGCAAAAUCCCCGCUCAGCUCUCCGAACGCGUUCAGAAAUCAACAGGCCAGCGUCGAGGCAAUAUUUCAAGGUGCUGCAAAGGGCGCGCGCGGCGUAUUUGAAAGAGGCGAGAAACUUGGGAUUAACCAGGCAGUUAGGGAUGCCGUGGGGGAAAUCAAGCGAAAUAUGCAGGGUUUUAACGAAUCGAUGAUUACACCCCGCAUGGUCACGGAGGAUUUCAAGGGUGAAAAUGCAGCAGUGGCGCUGGCAGCCAUGGAGAAGCGAAAUCAGCAGCUGGCGAAUGUACUCGAGGAGACAGUGAAGAGCCUGAAGGAGUUUUCUGCAUUCCCCAUGGACGAGAAGGCUAAAAGCCUCGAACUCAUCGAGAUUGCGGCGGCCAAGAUCCAAUUUGUCAAAAUAUAUCUGGAAGACCCCACGAUGGAGCUCUUGGUUUCAAACGAACCGAACUCUAGCCAGGAUAAUGAUGCCAUGGAAACCGACGAAAAGCCGAACCCCAAGGUAGUCGCCAAGGAGUCGAUAAUAAGACAGCACAAACCGGAAGGUCUCGCUAUUUCCUCACUAAGCCUCUCGGACAAUAAUGCUGUGCCUGAACAGUCGACGGUUUCGAAAGACUCUGGGUCCAAACAGAAGAGCACUGACACGUCUUCGAACGGCGUCACGGAGGGUCCUCUGGCAGCCGAGACCGUUAUUCCUGAGAGACCCGAGCCCAUUCCCACACGCUCAACAUUGGCCCAAUCAUCCUUCUCCUGGAUGCUGGAACCGAACGAGUCUGUACCUUCCCUUUCUCCUCGAGCAUCUAUCAAGUCUCCCGCUAGCCCGAGCCACAAAAAGCGGUCCUCUAAUAAUGUGAGCCGCGAGAGAAAUGCGUUUCUGUUUGGCGAGGUGACCUCUCCGGUGGACGGGAAAGAUCCCCUGAGUUCUGAUGAUAUUUUUGGCAUGGAGCCCCUCAAAGGGAAAAAGUAG